AUGAUGCUUCCGAAGCCAGUGCCACCCCAAGGAAAAUGUUGACCCCAAAGUCAAUGACAUGCCCGAAGCCAGUGUCACCCCAAGAAAAAUCCCUAUCAGAUUGUGGGUUUGUUUCUGCAAGUUUGUAUCGAGCCGAAUCACAAGCAUCAUUAGCAAAUGCUUUUGACGAUCUUGAUGUGUCCUCUCAAAAUGAUUCUUUUGCU